CCUACCUAUUUUAAUCUAACCUAUCUUUACCGUGUCGGAGUCGGAGACACGUGCGAGAGGAGAGAUUGAAGGCGUAAAUUCACCAUCCGGUGGAACAACACAACAAAAAGCUCCCCCGUCGGAGCCACGCGUGAUGUUAGUGCAAUUUUUCUGUACACGUGAAACAACGUUUCUGUAAUAUAUAAAAUUUCAGAAAUUGAGGUUAUUGCGCCUGUAACUUGGUAGAGUGAUCCUGAGUGAUCAACAGUAGUCGGCAAUAAUGGACGAAAUGUUGAAAGACGCGCGUUUCGCGCACAUCGCGAGAGAUCCCAAGUUUCGUCGCAUUCCCAAAGCUGAGAGGAAGGUGAAGAUCGAUCAUCGAUUCAAGGGCAUGUUUAAGGAUGAAAAGUUCGCCGUGAAGUACACCAUCGACAAGCGCGGUAGACCUGUCAGUCGGACCACCACCGAAGAUCUCAGAAAAUAUUAUGAUCUGUCGAGCAGCGAGGAUGAGGCCGAUGAGGAUGCAUCUGUGCCAUCUACAAGCAAGAAAGACAGCGAGAAAGAGGUGAAGGACAUCAAGGAGAAGAAGAAAGGCAAAAAGGAGGCGACGGAGGAAAUUGAAUCGAAAACCGACUCUGCGAAGGAUUCCUCAAACAAGAAGAACAAAGAUGAUCGUUUGUCGAGUAAGAAAGAUUUGUCUGAACUGGAAACGAAAGAGGAAUGCCCCGAUGAUGAGGAAUCUAGUGGUGAGGAUAGUGCCUCGGAUAGUGAGGAUGAAUCUGUCGAGAAAGAAUUUUCUCAAGUAGAGCUAGAUAAAAAUGAUAAACAGCUGCAAAAAAGGAGGACGAACGAGAACGGUAGACUCACAAACGAAAUUAAAGAGAAACUGAAGGAUCUUACCGUAAAUUAUGCCAGAGGUGAAGGUGUUCUGUUGACUGAUAGUUCUUCGGAAGAAGAAUCAUCUGAAGCUAGUGAUAUCGAGGAAGAGAUUGAACAUAACUGGGGUGAACUGGACAAAGAUGCUGAAACAACUGACGAGAUAACACGUCGAUUAGCUAUUUGUAACAUGGAUUGGGACAGAAUACGUGCUGUGGACUUGAUGAUUUUGUUAAACUCAUUCUUGCCCAGCGGUGGACUCAUCCAAUCAGUUACAAUUUAUCCAUCAGAAUUUGGCUUGCAACGAAUGAAGGAAGAAGAAAUUAAUGGGCCAACAGAGCUGAAGAACAAAGCAAAUGGAAGUGAAGACGAAAUUGAAGAUGAUAAUGAAGAAGGUUCGAAAUAUCACAUGGAGAAAUUGAGACAGUACCAAUUGAAUCGAUUGAAAUAUUAUUAUGCUGUUGCCGAAUUUGAUUCUGCAGAAACAGCGAACAAAGUAUACACGGAGUGCGAUGGUAUUGAGUACGAAUCGACUGCAACUAGAUUAGAUCUUAGAUUCAUACCAGAUGACAUGACAUUUGAUCAGGAAUCUAAAGAGGUAUGUACUGAGAUACCGGAACCCGUGAAAUAUCAACCACGACAGUUUACGACAACGGCAUUGCAACAAAUUAAAGUCGAGUUAACGUGGGAUGAAACAAAUCCAGAUAGGCAAGAGUUCACGCAGAAGCUGAACUCAGGAAAGCUACAGGAGGUUGAUGAAAACGAUCUACAGACAUACCUGGCAAGCGGUAGCGAGGAUGACUCAGAUACAGAGGAAAAGAAAGACGUAACUGAGGAGACCAACGAUAAUUCGGAAUCGGAGGAAAAUGAUGAUCCAAUCGGAAAGUACAAAUCUUUACUUAAAACGAUUGAAGAAGAAGAAGAGACAAAGAAAAACAAGGAUGUCGAAUUAGAAUUCUCAUGGGGUUUAGACACCAAAGAAAAGGCCGAAAAUUUAGUCAAGCAGAGAAUGAAAGAUAAGGAAGAACUUACGCCUUUUGAACAAUACCUAGAGAAACGCAAAGCGAAAAAGAAAGCUAAGAGAGAGGAAAGGAAGAAGCUUAAAGAAGAAAAUAAGGAAUGCGAUUCGGAAGAUUCUUUGCCGUCUGACGUAGAUAUGAAUGAUAAAUAUUUCGCGGAGGAAUUUAAAAAUAGUAAAUCAUCCCGUAGAAAGGGAAAAAAAGAUAAGAAUGAAGCUGAAGGUGUCAUUGAUUCGCCGAAUGAGCAGGAAGAAAGUCGGCGUAAAGCCGAAUUGGAAUUGCUUUUGAUGGAUCAAGAUGAGGACGGUAAAAAGCAUUUCAAUAUGAAGCAGAUCGAAGAAAAUGCAACCAUGUCAAAAUCUAAACGAAAACGUCUCAAUAAAAAGAAGAAGGUGCAAGAAGCAGCGAAAGAAGACGACUUCGAGGUUGAUGUUAAGGAUCCGAGAUUUGCCGCUUUGUAUUCGUCACACCAUUUCAACAUCGAUCCCGCGGAUCCACGUUAUAGAAAGACGAAGGGCACGGAAGUAUUAGUUAACGAAAAAUUGAAGAGAAGAGCUGAUAACGAAGUACACACAGAGAAUGACAAGCAAUCGAAAAGACCAAGAACAGACGAAAAACUGCCGACGGAAUUGCAAGCUUUAGUUAAAUCUGUUAAGAAAAAAACACAAAAUAUCACACAGCCGAUAAAAGGAUAAGAUAAUAAUUAUCUUGUUAUAUUAUUAUAAUAAAUAAGUUAUA